UGUGUUGGUCGCAGCAUCAGGCUUUGCAAUAUCCGGUCCCGCUCGUUUAAAAGGGGGAGCAACCCGAGGGCGACGCGUGGUCCAAUCUGCCAGUCCUCCAAAGCUCCAAAAGCAGCAUUCAUCUCAAACGAAAGGUGCCUCAAUCAGGGUGCGUUGGAAUGACGGCCCACCUGCCUGAUGAGAAUGGACAGAUGCUGAUUGACGGCUGUACGCCCAACAGCAUUCGCUGCGGACGACACAUGAGUAUACACGAGCCCGUCCCCGAUGCCUUGACUUGUUUUUCCUUCAUUUUGUUGAGCCCAAAACAAAAACUAUCCAUCCAGCCAUAUCUCGUCGACCAAGACACACAUAACGUCAACUGUGAGCACCGCCAAAAACAGCUUGGUAGCCGCUGAAGAUACUCCCCAAUUUCGCCUAGAGCCGCCCCCUAGACCCAGCAGCUGAACGGGUCUAAAGUUCUUUUGGGCAGGUCUCGGCAUCGCCAAUCCUCCGGGACGCGCCCAGCACACCAGCGCCCCGCCAUCACAGCUCCACCGCCCAAAUUCACAAAUACCUAGCUGGGCCCCCAAGCCCCGUGUCUCCCUGUUGCUAGGUGGAUGACGUCCUCGUCGUUUUCCCAGCUCCAUUCUUCUCCAAGCUUCUAUCCGUACCUCUUUGAUCUGCUCCCGCCCAGGUCAUCGGGUCCCUGACGUCGACUGUGCGGGCACUACAACUACUGGGAACAUCGAGGGAUCCAUCAACAACAACCAAAGUUGCGACGACGGACCACUACCCGCACACGUCCCACCCUAUCAUUGCCACUGAUUCGAAACUAAGAAGGGAGAGAGAAGGGGAAAGCUGGGGAAGGACAGCCAUCUAGCCAGCCAUCCUGUUUUGAUCUGCCUUGCUCUCUGCGAGUCUGCAUUACAUACCACCUACCACCCACCACCCACCAAACACAGCAACAGAACAGCACAGCACAGCAUUGGAGAGUGGCACUCUUGGAACCUACGUCGUAAUUGAUUGGGCCCUCCUUCGAUUGGAUUGGAGGGUCAAUUGCAAGAACAAAAUAAAUCUUGGAACGAUUACCUACUACACGAUCGUGCCAAGGUAGAUAAAGACACGCAUACCCCGCGCCAGCCCACCCACCUCUUAGCAUAAUGGCUCGCUUCAUCCCCAACCGUCUGAAGCCGGGCUACUCCAACUCUGCCGCCAACUCAGCUUCGAACAGCCGUAGUGCCAGCCCCAUGCGCAGCAAAGGAGAUUCCGCCAGCCCAGAGGGCCGCAGGGAGACGGGCCUGGUAGUGCAGGUAUCGAUUCUACGGGCCAAAGAUCUCGCUGCCAAGGACAGGGGAGGAACGUCGGAUCCGUAUCUCGUACUCAAUCUUGGCGAAUCGAAGCACAUUACACACACCGAGUCGAAGACACUGAACCCAGAAUGGAACGAAACAUGCCAGCUCCCCAUCAAUGGCAUCCAGAGCCUGCUCCUCGAUGUGAACUGCUGGGAUAAGGAUCGCUUUGGGAAGGACUACUUGGGCGAGUUUGACCUUGCCCUGGAGGAGAUCUUCGCCGAUGAAAAGAUCGAGCAGCCGCCAACAUGGUACAAGCUGAAGAGCAAGCGUCCAGGGAAGAAGACGGGCGUUGUUUCGGGCGAGGUCUUGCUGCAGUUCUCUCUGCUCGACACCUCCAACAAGGACGCCAGCCCCCAGCAGAUCUACGAGAAGUUCGCUGCAAUUGCUAAAUCUGCUCCGGCAGUCGACGCCUCGUUGACCCCUACUCCAUCUCGUACCCCCGUGCUUGCUCCGACCAAGGGCAAGGUGCCAUCGCCGGCGCCUUCGUUGGGGGGAAGAGUAACCGACGACGCCGAUGAGGACGACGACUACGACUACGAAGACGAGACCCCCGAAGAUGAGGACCCUACCAAGCCGGAAACUGCCGAGAAGAGAAGGAGGAGACUGCGGAUCAAGGGGCUGAAGCGCAAAAAGAGGCAAAACCCCUACGAAUUUAUCAACGGCGGUAGUGACGUGGUUGGUAUUAUUUUCCUGGAGAUUUGCAAGAUUACCGACCUUCCCCCGGAGUCGAACGUUACAAGGACGAGCUUUGACAUGGAUCCUUUUGUGGUUGCUUCGCUUGGCAAGAAGACAUACCGGACCAAGACGAUCCGUCACAACCUGGAUCCCGUGUUCAACGAGAAGAUGAUCUUCCAGGUGUUGAACCACGAACAGCAGUACCAGUUUGCUUUUACUGUCAUUGACCACGACAAGUACUCUGGAAACGAUUUCAUUGCCUCCGUGAACUUUCCGGUACAGGAAAUCAUCUCCAAGGCACCAAAGGCGGACCCCGCCACUGGACUGUAUAACUUGAAGGAGGUAGCUGAGUUCUCGGCUCCGGCGCAGAGGACCCGUUUUAUGAGACUGGGUCUUUCCCGGACCAACUCUAGCCAGAGCUUGUCCAAGCAAGCUAGGCCUGCAUUGUCCAAGAAUCCGUCAACCUUGACCAAUGUAUCUUCUCUUGUCGCAACGCCGGCAUUGGGCUCUGGUCAACAGCUUCAUGAGGUGCCUGAGGGCGCUCAAACACCCGCUAUCAAUGCUCCGAUCCCCGCCGGACUCGUUCAGCCGGGGGAAGGCGGUGUCGCUGCGGCCGCCGCGAACACGGCUGAGAAUGCCUCACCAGAAACUGAAGAUCCGGAUUUCUUCCCUUACACACUUCCCCUCAGGAUGAAGAACCUUGAGAAGUGGGAGGAUAAGCAUAAUCCACAGCUGUACAUCCGUGCCAAGUACAUGCCUUACGCCGCACUCAGGCAACAGUUCUGGAGAGCUCUGUUGAAGCAGUACGACGCCGACGAGAGCGGACUUAUUAGCAAGGUCGAGUUGACCACCAUGUUGGACUCUUUGGGAUCGACCCUGCGCGAGUCGACGAUUGACAGCUUCUUCCUCCGAUUCCCCCAUAAGGCGGGUGAUAAUGAAGACGUCGAGGACCUAACCAUGGAUGAGGCCGUCAUCUGCCUGGAGGACCAGCUUGAGUCCAAGGUCAGAACUCCGGGUGUCGUGGAGCGUGUGAAGAAUAUUCUCCCAGAUGCCGCCGAAAAGGUCAAGAACCUGCUGCCUAUACCCGGCAAGGAGUCGCAUCCCGAUACUGUCCAGCCACCGAGCGAGUCUGACCUUGGCGGAACCGACAGCAUCACUGUUCCAGAGUUGGCGACUCCAGGCGAAGAGGGCGAUUACCUCGACCGGGACGAUCUCAAUGCUAGCAACACCGAAGAACAUGUGGUAGAGAUCCGCGAAUGCCCCAUCUGCCAUCAACCGCGCUUGAACAAGCGCAAGGAUGCAGACAUCAUCACCCAUAUUGCCACCUGUGCCAGCCAGGACUGGCGACAGGUGAACAACCUGAUGAUGGGUGGGUUCGUUACGUCCAGCCAGGCCCAGCGCAAGUGGUACUCCAAGGUGAUCACCAAGAUCUCCUACGGUGGCUACAAGCUCGGUGCCAACUCUGCCAACAUCCUCGUGCAAGACCGCAUCACCGGUCAGAUCAACGAAGAGAAGAUGAGCGUCUACGUCCGUCUUGGUAUUCGCUUGUUGUACAAGGGUCUCAAGUCCAACAAUAUGGAGAAGAAGCGCAUUCGCAAGCUGCUCAAGUCUCUCAGUAUUAAGCAGGGCAAGAAAUAUGACGACCCUGCUUCCAAGGCCGAAAUCCCCAAAUUCAUCGCCUUCCACGGAUUGGACUUGUCUGAGGUGUUGCUUCCUCUGGACCAGUUCAAGAACUUCAACGAGUUUUUCUACCGCGCUCUCAAGCCUGAUGCCAGACCAGUUUCUGCACCAAACAACCCGCGCAUUGUGGUCUCUCCGGCCGAUUGCAGAUCCGUCGUCUUUAACCGCGUUGACAUUGCCACCAAGGUCUGGAUCAAGGGUAGAGAAUUCAGCGUCAAGCGUCUCCUAGGCGAUGCCUACCCUGAAGAUGCCCACCGCUACGAAGCCGGUGGCGCGCUGGGUAUUUUCAGACUGGCACCUCAAGACUACCACAGAUUCCACAUCCCCGUGGAUGGUGUUAUGAGGGAACCCAAGACCAUUGCAGGUGAAUACUACACUGUCAACCCAAUGGCUAUUCGGUCGGCACUGGAUGUGUAUGGCGAGAAUGUGAGGAUUGUCGUGCCUAUUGAUUCCCCAGAAUUCGGACGGGUAAUGGUGAUUUGCAUUGGUGCCAUGAUGGUGGGCAGCACCGUGAUUACAAAGAAGGAAGGGGACGAGGUCAAGAGGGGUGAUGAACUGGGCUACUUCAAGUUUGGCGGGUCGACGCUGGUGGUGCUGUUUGAGAGUGGAAAGAUGAUGUUUGAUGAUGACUUGGUGGACAAUUCGAAUACUGCGCUGGAGACCUUGGUCCGCGUCGGCAUGUCGGUCGGCCACGCCCCCUCUGAACCGCAAUGGACCCCUGACAUGCGCAAGGACGACGCUCAAAUCACCGAAGCGGACAAGCAGGACGCCAAGCGCAGGAUCCAAGGGCAGGUCGCGGAGGAGAGCCCGAACGAUGACAGCGGCAGCGGGCUUGAUGUGGACGGGGAGGGUGAUGGCGAAGUGACAGUCAAGGUUCCCCCCCUGGGGACGACAAACGGGCCGGCAGUAACCGCCUGA